AUUAUUGGAUCAUUUCUUGUUCUUGUUAUCCUCAUUUCAAUAUUUGGUAAUUUACUUGUGUGUGUGGCCAUUUCAUCAGAUCGAAGAUUAAGAAAACUGGGCAAUUUAUUUAUAGUUUCACUAGCCAUUGCCGAUCUUUGCGUGGGUGCUCUAGUGAUGACAUUUGCCCUUGCCAAUGAUCUUUUAGACUACUGGCCAUUUGGUCCUCAACUGUGCGAGAUUUGGAUUGCCUUCGACAUCAGCUGCUCGACGUGUUCAAUCAUUAACCUCUGUGCUAUUGCACUUGACCGCUAUGUACACAUCAAAGAUCCAAUGCGCUACAACCGUUGGAUGACCAAAAAGGUGGUAAUUGGUGCUGUCUCCCUUAUAUGGCUAGUCUCCUGUGGUAUUUCAUUUGUGCCUAUCAGCUUGGGCUGGCACAAACCUGAUCAGCCGACAACGACCAAUUUUGGUUACACUGAUGAUCCAAUGUUUCCACAGUGUACACUCGACUUGACGCCAACAUAUGCAGUGGUCAGCUCUACCAUCAGUUUUUAUCUACCAUGUAUCGUAAUGCUCUACCUGUACGCUAAGCUGUACUCCAUUUGCCAAGAGCACGUGAGGUGCAUCAAGUCAAUGACCAAAUUCCAGGCAGUGCCAAUAUCACACCAGUCUCUAGCACCAAAUCAUAAUCAAAGCUACAUUCCUUCAACCCCUCAAAUUGGCACGCCGACUCGAGCGCACAGUGGCCCCUUGCCGCCAACAAGAAUAUCUGUCUCUUCAAACAUUGGGUCAGCCAGUGCUGGGUCUCAAAGUCACGUCACAGAGCACAAAGCGGCCAUCACUUUGGGUAUUAUCAUGGGAACAUUUUUAGCAAGCUGGGUGCCAUUUUUUUGCAUUAAUAUCUGGGCUGCUUUUUGCAAAACGUGCGUUCCCGGAUUAGUAUUUAAGAUUCUUACAUGGUUAGGGUAUUUUAACAGUUGCAUGAAUCCUGUUAUCUACAGCAUCUUCAACACCGAGUUUCGUGACGCUUUUCGACGCAUUUUGAUUCGGUACAUUUUUAACGGAGACACGACAGCCGCCUGCUCUCGUCUGGUUCCGUGCAAAACACCUCGUUCAUCAACGGCAACGGUGACCGGCUCACUCACUGUCAACAAUCAAAUUCACAAUCACAAUCUGAACAACAACAACAACAAUUGCACAAAGAGUCAUUUCAAUGUCAUGACUACAAUAGCAGUAUCAACAGGUAGCAUGAGUCAACUUCCAAAAGCGUCCAUCGACGAUAGAUCACUGGAUUCAGGAAUUCUCAAUGCAUCGCCGCAUAAUGAAAAUGAGAAUCACGAAGCAGAAGACGUUGAG